AUGGAGUCUAUUGAAGUUUUCCUCAAUAAUGAAGUCUGGACUGUUAAAGUCGAAUAUGAAUGGCGUCCUCUGGCUUGUACAAAAUGUGGCACUUUUGGCCACAACUGUGCUUCUCCGAGAGCCUUGGCGGUUCCCGCUCGUAGGGCCCCUAUUCCAGAGGAUGAUGCUCAUAACUCUCCUAUCCCAAAGGGUGACAAAUGGGAAGUAGUCCAGAAACGGCAUUCUGGGAUGCACCAGGAAAAUCAGCCCAAAUCGCCUUCCCUUUCCCCUCGGAGUAAUCAUUCUCCAGAAGUAUUGGGCGAGCAGACCUUGCCUAACCCUGCUAUCUCUCCGGCCUCUUCUCCGGCCUCUUCUGACAAAGACGUUAGUGAGGAUGACAAAAUCAGCAGCAUAGGGAGUUCUGUUGAGGAAGACUCCCCUGUCCUGCCUACUUCUUGUAUGGAUCAUAAGGAGCUCACUAAGGCUGAGACCUCGGUGCCAGUCUGUAUUCCUGCCGCUCCAGACCCUUCUCCUGAACUAUUAGUGAUUCCUAACAAGGCUAGCCCUUCUCCAGCAGCCAAAGUUGCCACCCCUAAAACUAGGAGAAAGGGUGGGAUUCUUGAGACCAAGAUCAUUCAGUCCCUUUUUGAAUCUACCUCUGCUGAGCUACUGCCGGGUUGGGAUUGGGUUUCAAACUACGAGUUCUCGCCUCGGGGAAGAAUAUGGGUAGGCUGGAAUCCGCAUGAAAUUCAAAUGCAGGUUCUGUCCAUGUCUUCCCAGGCUAUUCAUGGUCAGGUAAAUCUGCAGGACUUGAAUAAGACGUGCAUCAUUUCGAUUAUUUAUGGAGAACACACUUUUGUGAAUCGCCGUUCCCUCUGGACUGAUUUGAUCCACUCCAGUUCUGUUUUUGCGUCUCUCCCUUGGCUGGUUGCUGGUGAUUUCAACGCCAUCCAUCAUCCCUCCGAUAGAACCAGAAGCUCAAAUGCAUGGAUCCCAGCCUUCAAUGAGCUUGGAGAUUGCCUUGACCAAGCCGGCCUUGAGGACCUCAGGUUUGUCGGCCACCGAUUUACUUGGUUGAACUCUGCGUCUGUUAAUCGCAAACAAAGGAAAAUAGACAGGGUCAUUAUUAAUGAUCAAUGGAGUAGUGAAUUCUCCUUCUCCGAGACAUCUUUUAUUGCCCCCGGAAUAUCUGAUCAUACUCCUAUGAUUGUCCGAGUUCUACCUCAACAACCGUCUAGGAAACCGUUUAAGUUCUUCAAUUUUUGGAUGUCCCACCCAUCCUUUGAGAGCACUGUUAAACAGGUUUGGGAUUUGGCCAUCUCAAGAUCUCCUCUGUUUGGGUUAUGUAGUAAACUCAAAAUGUUGAAAGCAAGGCUUAAACUUCUCAAUCGAGAAUCUUUCUCCGAUAUAUCGACCCGCACUGCCCAGGCCAGACAUCUUCAAAAUCGUAUAUUAUCGAUCUCUGAUGAUGCUGGUGCCAUCAUUCGUGAACCGGCCCUCAUCCAGCAACAUAUAGUCUCUUAUUUUGAGAACCUGCUUGCUGUUGACUCUUCUAUCAUACGGCCGGAUAUCUCGACCAUUCGUCCAAUGCUCCAACACAUAUUGGAUGAUAAUCAGAUCCUUCUCUUAUCUCGUCAAGUAACAGAUAUUGAGAUCCAGAAUUCCAUGUUCUCUCUAGCCAAAGGGAAGGCCCCGGGUCCUAAUGGCUUCAAUGCGGAUUUCGUCAAGUCUAACUGGGAUAUUGCUGGCCCCUCUGUUAUUUCUGCAGUUAGAGACUUCUUUCGUUCUGGAACAUUGCUGAGAGAACUAAACUGUACAAUCGUCACUCUUGUGCCGAAAUCUCCCAAUGCCUCUUCUAUGAAAGAUUUUCGGCCCAUAGCGUGUUGUAACACAGUCUACAAAUGCAUAUCCAAGUUAUUGGCUAUCAGAAUAUCUUCAGUUCUGCCUUCUCUAAUUAGCCACUCUCAGAAUGCCUUUGUCAAGAAGAGAAGGAUCACGGAUAACAUCAUGUUGGCCCAAGAAUUAUUUGCUGGCUUUCACCGUCACCCUUACCUACCGAAAUGUGCUAUCAAGGUAGAUUUUCGGAAGGCUUAUGAUACCCUUGACUGGGGUUUUCUGGAAUUACUCCUCCAGGCUUUUAGUUUCCCUCCUCAUAUGGUUAAGCUGAUUAUGGCUUGUGUCAAUACGCCUAAAUUCUCGGUUGCUAUUAAUGGAGAGAUGCACGGGUUUUUUGCUAGUGGCCGAGGCAUCCGGCAAGGGGAUCCUCUCUCCCCAUAUCUAUUUACACUUGUAAUGGAAGUGUUCUCGGGCAUCCUUGAUGCUCAAACUCAGUCGGCUCCCUUCAAAUUCUUCUGGCGGUGCAAGGCCACUAGACUUAGCCAUCUCUAUUUUGCCGACGAUGUACUUCUCUUUUCUGAGGCAAACAUGGCUUCUAUAGCUCUCCUAAAGGAAGGCCUUGAUACCUUCUCAGAUACCUUGGAGUUCCUAUUAUUGCCUCUAGACUCUCCAAGGCUGAUUGCUAUUGCUUAG